AUGGCAACAUCAAGGUCCCAGAGGGCCAAGGUAAAACCCAAAGAUGAGGCUGCUUAUUUUUCAUCCCAGUGUAAAGACAAGGAUGGCUUUGAUAUAAAGUACAUAGAUUCAUUUAAAGGUCGAGGAGUGUUCAGCUCCCGCCAUUUUCAAAAGGGAGAUUUCCUUGUUGAAUACAGAGGAGAAGUCAUAACUCAACAAGAAUAUGAAAGGAGGCACAGAGUGUACCAUGAUGCGCUUCAAGUUUUUAUGUUUGAAUUUCGUUUCAAUGGAAAACAGUCAUGCAUUGAUGCUGCCAGAGAGGACGGAUCUCUCGGGAGACUUGUCAGUGAUGACCAUGUGAACCCUAACAGCACAAUGGAAACAAUCAGAGUGGAUGGAAAGCCUCAUCUGUGCUUAUUUGCUCUAAAAGACAUCAGUCCUGGGGAAGAAAUCACUUACAACUACGGAGACUCUGACUGGCCAUGGAGAAGCAAGAUUUCACCUGAGACAGACCCUCAGCUGAGACCGAAUGGUGGCAUUCAACAGGGGACUCCAGACAAGGAAGGCCAAGGCCAGGCCAGCUCUACGGCAGAGGAUGCAAUGGGGAAGAUUUCACCUGAGACAGACCCUCAGCUGAGACCGAAUGGUGGCAUUCAACAGUGCAUCCUGUGAGCAGGGCAGACCAACAGGUGUUGAUCCAGUUGAUGCUCAAGAGGGAAGCCGCUCACCCACAAGCCUAUGAUUCCUUCCAGGACACUAAGGCUUAUCCACACAUCCUGG